AUGGGCGGAGACCGGAGAGCGGUGGCGCUCCAGCGACACUCGUGGCCAUGGAGCGUGAGCGAGCGGUGGCGGGCGCACGCCGGGAUGGUCCUCGUCAUGCUCGCCUACAGCGGCUACCACGUCCUCACCAAGUCCGUCCUCAACGUCGGCAUGAACCAGGUCGUCUUCUGCGUCUACCGCGACCUCCUCGCGCUCCUCGUCCUCGCCCCCGUCGCCUUCCUCCGCGAGAGAAGGGUGAGGCCUCCGGUGACCCCUCAGCUCCUCGCAUCCUUCGCUCUUCUUGGCUUCACUGGGCUGUAUGGGAACCCGCUCCUCUUCCUCGUCGGCCUCCAGUACACGAACGCUUCCUACGCCGCGGCUUUCCAGCCCUCCAUACCAGUACUCACAUUUCUCUUGGCUGCGAUUGCCGGUGUUGAAGCCAUCAACAUCUUCACCAAAGACGGCAUCCUCAAAGUCAUCGGCACGGUUGUAUGCGUCUCCGGCGCCAUUCUGAUGGCUCUGUACCGAGGUCCAUCCUUGAUUGGCCUUACUAGAAGCAAUAGCAUGCCCAACGCAUGGACGAGCACUCCUUAUCCUGCCCCCAACUGGUUGGCAUCAGCCUUGCUCGAGUAUGGUGUAGAAACAUGGCAUCUUGGUGUCCUCUGCCUUAUAGGAAACUGCCUCUUGGUGGCUGUUUAUCUAGUCAUACAGGCUCCAGUGAUGAUAAAAUAUCCUGCAAGCUUAUCCGUGACAGCUUGUUCCUAUUUUUUUGCUACAAUAUUUAUGGUGUUAACUGGAGUAUCUGCAACUAAUGGGCUACACGAGUGGGUGCUGACAAAAACUGAGAUCAUAGCUGUUCUGUAUGCUGGAAUUGUUGCGUCUUGUUUGAGCUACUCAAUCAUGACAUGGGCAAACAAAGUUCUUGGACCUUCUCUAGUUGCCCUCUACAAUCCACUCCAACCAGCUUUUUCCACCGCCCUCUCAACUAUUUUUCUUGGUGACCCAAUUUACAUCGGAAGCAUUAUUGGGGGAGUUUCCAUAAUUGUUGGUCUAUAUCUGGUUAUCUGGGCUCGCUACAAUGAAGAGCGACGAGCACCUAUGGAUGGUUAUUUGGACCCUCUUAUUGUGGGUAAUCCAAGAAUCCCCAAGACACAAGAAAGUUCCUUCAUAUAG